AUGAGUCUCGAGUUCAACGGAACGGAGGGAGUCUUUGACUCCGGCCGCUCUGCCGGUGUCUAUGACAUGAACCUCUUCUACGAUUCUGGCAACAUUGCCUGGAUCAUGGUCUGCAGCGCCCUCGUCCUCCUCAUGAUUCCCGGCGUCGGCUUCUUCUACGCCGGCCUCGCCCGCCGCAAGUCCGCCCUCUCCCUCAUCUUCCUCUGCAUGAUGAGCACCGCCGUCGUCGGCUUCCAAUGGUUCUUCUGGGGCUACACCCUCACCUUCUCCCACACCGGCUCCACCUUCCUCGGCGACAUGUCCAACUUUGGCCUCAAGAACGUUGUCGCCCACCCUUCCGUCGGCACUGACGCGCUCCCCGAUAUCCUCUUCUGCCUGUACCAGGGCAUCUCGGCUCCUCGACUUCGCCGGCGGCACCCCGUCCACAUCUCCUCCGGCGUCGCCGCCCUCGCCUAUGCCCUCAUGCUCGGCCGCCGCAGCGGCUACGACAAGGUCCGCGGCCUCCCCUACCGCCCCCACAACGUCACCCACGUCGUCCUCGGCACCGUCUUCCUCUGGGUCGGCUGGUUCGGCUUCAACGGCGGCUCCGCCCUCUCCUCCAACAUCCGCGCCGUCAUGGCCUGCUACGUCACCAACCUCGCCGCCUGCGUCGGCGCCUUCACCUGGACCCUCCUCGAUUUCAGACUCGAGGGUAAGUGGAGCACCAUUGGCUUCUGCUCCGGCGCCCUCUCCGGCCUCCUCAAGUUCCUCCUCGGUAUCGACGAGGGUCUCGAUGUCUUUGCCGUUCACGGCGUUGGUGGUAUUGUCGGCAACCUCUUGACCGGUAUCUUUGCCGCUCCUUACAUGGCCAACCUCGAUGGCAGCGAUCCCAUCGAUGGUGGUUGGAUCAGCCGCAACUUCAUCCAGCUCGGCUACCAGCUCGCCGGUACCGUCGCCGGUUUCGCCUGGUCCUUCGUCCUGACCUGCCUCAUCCUUUUCCUCAUGAACCUCGUCCCCGGCCUCUCUCUUCGCGUCACCGCCGAGGAGGAGGAGCUCGGCCUCGACGACUGCCAGCUCGGAGAGUUCGCCUACGACUACGUUGAGCUGAGGAGGAACCCCGCUGACUCUCUCGCCACCCCCAUCCACGGGUCCACCGAGAAGAUUGUUUAA